AUGUUGCUCAUGUCGCAUCUGCAAGAAUCUGUUCACUCUGCAGAUAUUGGAACGCAAAUCCUAUACAACCGAACCAUUGUCCAACUAGGUCUUUGCGCUUUCCGGUGCGGUUUGAUCAGGGAAUCCCAGUCUAUCUUGCAGGAUAUAUUCGCUUCGCAAAGGGUGAAAGAAUUAUUGGCUCAAGGCUUGCAUCAACAGCGAUAUUCGACCCUCACUCCCGAGCAGGAAAAGGCUGAACGAACACGACAAAUGCCUUUCCAUAUGCAUAUCAAUACUGAGCUGGCAGAAGCUGUCUUUUUAGUAGCGAGUAUGCUCAUCGAGAUUCCAUUGUUGGCGAGUCUGGACACGGAGGAAGCCAAGCGGAAGGCCGCAUCGAAAUCGUUCCGACGACUCCUUGACCACGCUAGUCGUCAA